UAAAGCAGAAAGAAAAGAGAUGGCAAAGAACUUCAACUCUGUGAGCUUCACUAUUCUCGUGCUUGUCCUCAUGAUGGCUUCUACCGGAAUCCUCAAGACCAAGGCUCUGCCUGGGGUGGAGUGCCCAGUUGGAAGUGGAUGCCUUCUCCCUUCUACACGUGUGUUCUCACAAGAGUGCGGGCCGGCGCCAUUCACAGUUUUCUUCCUCUUUUGCUUCCAAAUAAAACAUCAAGGGCAAAACUUAUCACUUCUUGCCCCUAAGUGUGACCUCAUGUUGUGUGCACUUUUGUUUCAUUCUGAAUAUAUUUAUAUAACAUAAUUCUGAAUAAAAUUUAAAGUUUCAUCUUUAACUUCUUCAACUUAAACCUCUGUCUCUCAGACUGUCAGCAAUCAAUAUGCAGUUGGAUUGAAAGAAGAAACAAACAAAUAAUGGGUUAAGAGGUUAAAGACAAAAGAACAGACAAGAAGAGACAUAAACUCCAUUGAAACAAAGCUUCAUGUAAUUGUCUAUGGUGAAAACAAACUCAAAAGUUCUGUUUUUCAAAAAGAAAAAUUUGUUUUUGCUGUAAAAAUUUAAUUUCCGUUAUCUAAUAAUUUCUUUAACGAAUGAAAAAGGGCAGCGUAGCCAAGUUAGGAAACAGACCACUAAGAGAAUGCCACGUCAUCUGAUUUGGUUCUUUCACUUUCGGCUAAUGAAAAGUGUUAGCUACGACGGUGACAGACAGACAGACAGGAGCUAA